AGCGGGGCGGGAAGCGGCGGCGGGGCCGGGCGGGCGGUGGGGCCGCCGCGGUGGGGCCGGCGAUGCUGUCGCUGGAUUUUCUGGACGAUGUGCGGCGGAUGAACAAGCGGCAGCUGUACUACCAGGUGCUGAACUUCGGCAUGAUCGUCUCCUCCGCCCUCAUGAUCUGGAAGGGGCUGAUGGUGGUGACGGGCAGCGAGAGCCCCAUCGUGGUGGUGCUGAGUGGGAGUAUGGAGCCUGCGUUUCACAGAGGAGAUCUCCUGUUCCUCACAAACCGAAUUGAAGAUCCAAUCAGAGUGGGAGAAAUUGUGGUCUUUAGGAUAGAAGGAAGGGAAAUUCCUAUAGUUCAUCGCGUCCUGAAGAUUCAUGAGAAGCUGAAGAGUCCUGGUCUGUUGUUUCUUGUAUGGAAGUGGUUCCAGACCUUGUUAUCCAUUUCUGAACCUUUGCCACUGCUUCUCUCCAUUUCAAAAAAGGAUAUAGGGAGUUCAGAACUGCACAGAGCAUUCAAGAUGUAGGCACAUCGUGAGUUCAUGCAGUAUUGUAAUGGUAUUGUUUGUUUUGUUCUGUCCCCCUUUCCUUAUAAUUUCUAAGCUCCAGCUUGCUUCUGACCACUACUGAGUAGAACUGUAUGCUUUAACCCCAAAGUCUCAUUUUGGUGGUAGGAUGGAGCCCAAAACAUUUGUGUAUGAAGCAAGAGAAGCAUCAACAUGAGAGAGGUCAAAAGCAAAGAGGUAGUAGCUGUACCUUUGCUAGAGGUGGCUCAUCCUGCUGGUUCUGUUCUUAAAUUCUGCUGGAAAGCUUGUCUAGGGCCAGAAUUCAUUCUUUUGUUGGCAGUUUUUUCCCAAACUCUCUGCUUUCCACUGCAUUUGACAGGGUUUCCCUUUUUCAUCCUGCUUGAACACGUAGGACACGAUGGCUUCUAAUAUCUUUGUGUUAGUCUCUACAUGCUUUUUCUAGAUCAGCUUUUAAUAAGUUCUUUUACUCCAACUUACCUGGCUGACUUGU